AUGGGCCUCACUACCUACGGCUUAGUUACCACUGAUCCAGUUUGCGCCGAUGCGUGUCUCCGAACCCUCAGUCUUCUCAUGCUGUCCUGCUCGACCAUGCAUCACGGAGACUUCAAAACUAUGCGUACCGAACCGCCUUGUCGGGCCAACGACACUGCCUUUUUGACUUCCAUGGCAUGGUGCAUCAAGAAAAAGUGUGCCGACGAGAAGGCGUCCAAGAUCGAGGGCUACUGGGAGGAUUGGUUGACGGGUAGCGAGAGUGUUUCAGCGAAGUGGUCCUACGCUCAGGCUCUUGCUGAGGUUGACCCCCAACCACCUCGGUAUCAACUCAACAUGACGGACAUGGUUCUCAACAGGACCUCGAUAGUCGAGCCAAUCAUCUACCUCAAACAGUUCCAGUCGCUAGAUGGUUCGAAGCAUGAGAUGAUGAUGGGUUCAAGAUAUGGUAUCAUUCUUGUUGUCGUCGCGGUCGGAAUACCAAUUCUAACAACAUGGCUUGGGUUCUUCCCUCUCAUUCCUUCAGUCUACGAUAAGCUCAAGCCAUACAUCGUCUACCCAAGCCUGAUCGGCACCUACUCUGUGCACCCGUUGCCAUACACACUUGGCAAUGCGCCCACUGUAGGCCAGGCUUUAUAUAUCACGUUCUUUGUCGCUCUCACUGUGGUCGGCGUUGCAGUGGGCUACGAAGUCCGUCAGCCCAACUCCCGAUUCGAGACUGCGAAACGGGAACUUCUCGCCUACAUUGUCUAUCGCACUGGAGCUCUCGCCUUUGCGAUCCUUCCGGUGAUCAUCCUCUUCCCGUCGAGAAACAACGCUCUGCUAUGGCUAUCCAACUGGUCACGCUCAACAUUUAUACUGCUUCACCGCUGGUUAGGAAGACUAUUUGCAUUCCUCGCUGUUCUGCAUUCAAUCCUCGCUGUGGCGGGCAACAUGGGGACACAGAACAACAAGCUUGGGAGCACAGACUGGAGACGCUGGGGUGACGCUACAACGGUGCUCGCUGUUGUUACUUGCUUGGGAAGUGGCUUAUAUGUGCGAAAGGCCAACUACGAGCUCUUCCUACUCCUGCACAUCAUCGUUGCCGUGCUCAUAGUUGUCGGAUGCUGGUACCAUCUGAUACGGCGAUAUGCCUCUAUUCGCCUUCACUCUCCGGGAUACACAUCGGGUCACGAGAUCUGGCUCUACUUUGCCUUUGCCGUCUGGGUCUUUGAGCGAUUUGUACGCAUCGUGAGAAUACUUAGACUGGGAGUUCUGAGAUCCAAAGUCAAGGACAUUGGAGCAGGGUACGUCCGUAUUGACGUCCCAAGCGUCCGCUGGGGCUUGGAUCCCGGCAAGCAUGUGUUUGUCUAUUUCCCUACUCUUGCGACUAUGCGACCCUGGGAGAAUCAUCCCUUCUCUGUUAUUCCGACGGUUGUUCUUCGAAGACAUGCAACGCCAUCAUCCCCCAUCUCUCCCACCUCUCCAGGUGCUUCUUCUGGACUGGAAGACAUAGAGAAAUCGACAACACAUAUCAAAGUCGGACAGCCGUUACCUAUGCCUGGCAAUUCGUUGCCAAUGGCUGAGAACCUGGCUGGGGUGACACUCUUCGUGAAGAAGUCAACAGGCAUCACAAAGUACCUGCAAAGCCAUGAGAAGCUACUUACCUUCCUGGAAGGCCCUUACCCAGGCAGCGACACACGAGGAAUCCUUCGAUGUGACAGACUGCUCCUUAUUGCUGGUGGUGUCGGCAUCACAAGUCUCUUUGCGCUCAUCCAUAAUCACUGGAACGUGAAACUGGCUUGGAGCGUAAAGGAAGAUGCUCGAUGUUUAGUUCAUGAGCUCGAGCCAGCGCUGGACUCCUUGACCACGGCACAGACUGAUAUUCGAGUGGGAUCAAGAUUUGAUGUUACUUCGCUCCUUGAUGACGAGGCAUCAGCAGGUUGGAAACGAGUUGGUAUUGUAGUUUCUGGACCGGGAUCAUUAUGUGAUGAUGUGCGCGCGGCUGUGGCUGGAAUGGGUCGACACUCGAAGACUGUGUUUGAACUUGAGGUUGACGCAUACUCGUGGUGA